CCAUCCAAAGCAGUCGCGGAGCAAGAGAGAGAGGAAACAAGGAGAUUAGCGUAGGGUACCGGAUGGAAAGUUUUGGAGACGUAGCUACGCAUAUAAAAGGGAGGGUGCUUCACAACUCAUCAUUUCAAGUUCAGCACAUAGCAAACAUGCUACGGAACCAAGUUUUCGCGUGUUUUGUGUUCUACAGCACGUUACUUAUUUUGAAAAUGUACGCCCUUGCGGUUAUAACAGGACAAGUGAGACUCAGGAAAAAGGCUUUCGCUAACCCGGAGGAUGCCUUGAGACACGGAGGAGUAGAGUAUUAUCGGGAUGACCCAUACGUGGAACGAUGUAUGAGAGCCCACCGAAACGACAUGGAGAACAUCUACCCAUUCCUCUUCCUGGGGGCCAUCUACUCCAUGAUUGGCCCGUCGCAGGCGGUAGCGAGGGGCCACUUCCUGGUCUUCUUCCUGGCACGCGUCAUGCACACCAUCGCCUACCUGUUCGCCCUCCGCGCGCCCACGCGCUCGCUGGCCUACACCGUCGGCCAGUUGCCAUGCGUCUCCAUGGCCAUUCAGAUCGUCAUCGCUGUGGCCGCUUAUGCCUGACAUCCCAACAACAACAUCUACUGGCUGACUGACGGACUGAAUUUCACUCACUCUUUGCUGACGAUCAUUAUUAGUCAUGCAGAGGGAAAAAAAUCCUUUCAUGAGGAUUCCUGGCUCCUUCUUAAUACCGUGACAUUUUGGGUCGAUGCAUUUUUGCCCUUAUAUGUCUAUACUAACUUGGUCCUACUUUCUGGAAAAAAACAAUAAGAUGUGUGGGCCUUAGUAGUCUCAGUGUUAUCUGAAUGGCAUCCCCACGACGUCCACUUCUGACGGGAGCUCAACUCACUCUAUACUGACUGCCUUUGUUGGACAGUCAUUUGAUCGGUUCGCUAGAUGAUAGAUUGAAAACCUCAAACAACGCAUGUACUUGCAACCGAUCAACAGAUCCUGAGAUCAUUAUAAGACUAAUGGUUAAAAGGGUAAUAUCCUCUUAUGUAAGCCUAAUCACCAGUGUAUGAACCACUUGCUGUAUGAUAUGUGUACUUGUACUUGGAUCCUCACAGGUCAUUUGAAGUUAAUAUUAGAAUGUAAUAAUGUAUUUUUUACAAUAUUGUAUUGUUUUACAAUGGAUAUGAAGGUCUUUUAUUUCUCCAAUUACGCUGCAGUAUUUGGUGCUUGGAGGGAACUCAGUGUUGGCCAGGAGUGAGCUGGGGCGUUCUUUGUGGUGCCAGUAUGGCAGUGUGUUUCAUGUCAACCUGUUUACAGUACGCUAAACCACCACUACGUUAUGGGAAAACCAGUAAGCAAGCCUGUAAAUGGCCUGUUAGUGCCAGUGGAGAUGUUGACACAGCCCUCAACAACCCGCUACGUUUGUUUUGUGUGAGCACCCAACUCAACGUCUGCUUGCUGGCUUGCUAUGGCCUGGGGAAGGCUGCCCUUUUGAGAGGCAGUCAAGCGUUUGACCUGGAGCAUUCCCCACACCGCUCUCACCAAACCCUCUGACAGACUCGUAAUUAUGACACGGGACUGAAUCACUGGAACAGACGAACUCGGGAGACAGAGUGUUGACGCUCGUGAAAGUCUGUUGCGAUGAGAAACAGCACUACACAUCUAUGUGGAAUACAACAUCUGAAUAUAACAGCAAUAUUUUUUUUUGGAUGUGAUGGGACUGCACUUCGAAACAAAACAGUGAUGUCAAUGUUACCAAGUUGGUGAACAUGUGUUAUGUUAUGGUCCAUGAUUCAACUAUGAAGAGUCAAGCCUUUUUGGGUACCUAUGGCAUUAUUGUCAACAUCUAGUGUGCCUUGGGUUUGAGAAAUGUAAACUAAUAACUAGUAGUCGUUGUGUAUCUUAUUUAAUAUUUAUGUGGUUCAUACAGCCUAAAUGCAUAAUAUGACUCCAGUAAGUGUUAAAUUAUUUAGUUGUUUUUUUAUUUUACUUUACCUGUGAUCGUGUUGUUUAUGCCUCACUGUGUUGAAUGUAAAUAAAAAUAACAGUAGCUACAAAUUACUUAGUAGUUGCUGUUAUAAAGAAGUUGAACUAUGAUUUAAAAAUCUUUUUUAAAAUGAAACCCCUAAUAGGUGGGAUGCGAACUAACAGGAAUGUAGGAACUAAAACAAAUCCUAGAGUUAGAGUGUAGAGUUGGAAUGUAUGAACUGAAAUUAAAAAAAGUUUUUUUUAAAGAAAAAAAGUUUGAUUUUCUUUCUUUGGAAGGACCAUAUGAAUGAUUUACCUUUUAAGAAGGUAAAUCAUUCCCUACCUGUAGUCAAUGAAACGAGUAUCUCAUACUGUGCUCAUGUGUUAUGAGUAUGAGUACCGGUACAUUCUAUGGUUAUGAGAGCGAUGGGGGAGCUUCAAGGUUGGAAUGUUCAUUCAAGUUGCACCCACCCCACACUUUUCAGAAGGUAUGCAUUGUUUCUUGAAGUGCAAGAUAUUUUGGGUUUUCCUUGGCAUUCAUAUAUCCAAACACAUUGGACCGUGCAGAAACAAGCUGUCAGCAUGAACUUUUUCCACCUGGGUGGACAGUGAAAUGAAAGGGUCACUUUGACCAGCACUGUUUACCUUGGAGUCUUUGCACCUUUAUACGAGAACACCUUGCAAAUUCCAGCAUGCCUUUGGCAGUUACACCAACCAUAGCAGCAGAGAGACACUAGGCCCACUUUCAAAACCUUCAUACAGAUUACUCACACUGAUAUGCAUGUAUGUUUUGCUUUCUUUUCAAACGUAACCGCUAUUGGAAUUUCAGAAUAUUAAGUCACAGGAAAUUGGAAAGGGAAAGGGUAUUUCUAACAAAGCAGACACAUUAAUGACUGAGCAAUGAGAGAUGGAACACGUGCCAUGACAUGUUUUGAUUGACAGGGGUUGCCCUUUCUCUCUCUGUCUCUCCCUCUCUUUCUCUCUCUAUCUAUCUUUUGGUAUAUGAAUAUCUGGGCAAAAAAGGCAGAUGAGAAUAUAGUAAUGUGAGAUGGAUGAAGCGAAAUCCCCUGUUAAUGUCCUGAGUUGUGAAAGGCAUGCUCUUGGUCUAACUAAAGUUCUUGUAAUUGGCUCAUGGAUGAGGAACAGAUACG